AUGGCACGGCAAACAGCGUGGGGGAGCUCCUGCUUACCCCCGGACCCGUCGUCACCAAAUGCAGACCAGCCAUUACCAAAGGCAGACACCGAGGCGCCGAAUGCACCAUAUAAGCCGUUCCGCCAGUACCAGCUCUGGCUCUACGACUUUGUGGGAUGGAUGUUUUCGGUGAUCUUCGACUGCUUCUUCCGUGAAAUCCGGCCGCGGGGCGCCUUCCGGAUCCCCAAGUCUGGGCCUGUAAUCUUCGUGGCGGCUCCCCACGCCAAUCAGUUUGUCGACCCGCUCAUUCUCUCGAACCAGGUCCGCAAGGAGGCAAACCGCCGCAUCUCGUUCCUCAUUGCCGCCAAGUCGUACCAUCACCCGGUCAUCGGCCCCCUCUCUAGCGCACAGCUAUCGAUCCCCGUGGCACGCGCCCAGGACAUGCUUGCUCCAGGCACAGGGAAAAUCUCAAUUGAUUUCGAUGCCGACCCGCUACUUGUAACGGGUCGUGGCACGCGGUUUACACUGGAGUGCAUGCUGCGCGGACUCUUGGCAUUGCCCAAGUCACUCGGCGCGUCCGAAAUCGAGACCAUUGUGUCUGAUACCGAGCUCGUCUUGCGACGCGAAUUCAAGCGGUCUGACGCCGUUGUCGAACUCUUGCGCAGGGGCACGCUGUUCAAGGUCGCGGACAAGAUCGACCAGAAGCAGGUGUAUCACUACGUAUUUGAGCACUUGUCGCGGGGCGAGUGUCUUGGCAUCUUCCCUGAGGGCGGCUCCCACGACCGCACUGAGUUGCUCCCACUAAAGGCGGGUGUGGCCGUGAUGGCGCUCGGGGCCAUGAGUCAUGACCCCACAUGCAAGGUGAAAAUCGUUCCCUGUGGUAUGAACUACUUCCACGCGCACAAGUUCCGUUCGCGUGCAGUAGUCGAAUUCGGUCAGCCAAUUGAGAUAGACUCCUCUUUGGUUGCACGCUACAAUGAUCCAGAGACCUCCAGGGAUUCUGUGAAGGAACUCUUGGACUUAGUCACCAAUGGUUUGAAGGCUGUUACCGUCAACUGUGUUGACUACGAGACAUUGAUGGUUGUGCAGGCGGCUCGGCGGCUCUAUGCUGGAAACUUUGCCCAGUACUUGCCGAUCCCAAUGGCGGUGGAGAUGAACAGGAGGUUGGUAUUGGGGUACGAGACGUUUAAGCAUUUGCCUGAAAUGGACACUAUCAAAAAGAACAUUUUGCGUUACAACAAAGCCUUGAGCCACUCCAACUUGGCUGAUCAUCAUGUCGAAGAUUGCGACGAGAAUCACAAGCUCUCAUUGAUCCCAGUGUUCAUUGUGCGGGCAUUGAAAGUCAUUCUCCUACUCAUCUUAGCACUUCCGGGAUCCAUUCUCUUUUCGCCUGUCUUUGCUAUUGCCAAAUAUGUGUCAGUCCAAAAGAAGAGAACUGCGUUAGCUAACUCCUCUGUGAAAGUGAAGGCAAACGACGUGGUGGCCACAUGGAAAAUUCUCAUUAGUAUGGGUGUUGCGCCUUUGUUGUACAGCUUCUACGCCUCAGUUGGUACGUGGUACUGCAAAAAACACAACUAUCUCUCCUCUUAUGGCUUGCUCAGCAUGUGGUUCAUUCUUUAUAUCUUGGGUAUUGUCGUCACAUACUCUGCUUUGGUGAUCGGUGAACAAGGUAUGGAUUUGUUCAAAUCAUUGAGACCACUAUACCUCUCUAUUUUCUUGGGAUCAACCAUCACUGAAGUCAAGCAAAUGAGAAGGGACUUGAGUAAUGAGAUUACUGAGUUUGUCAACAAAUAUGGUCUUGAGCUCUUCCCCGAUGACUUCAACUUGCUUGAGGUGAAGAGCACCAAACUGGCAAGACCAGUUGACUACGACUCAGACGAAGAGGAGGAACUGAAAACUCAAGAGUUGCGUAAUAGAAGGCUAGCCAGCCGCAAAGCAAAGAAAGCGAGCAAGGGUGCGUCCGCUAAAGCCACAGGUUCAUCUACGAGGCAGAAUGACGACGAGAACACCGAUGGGAACUCAUCUACCACUUCCGACGGAAUCUCGCUACCCAGCGACCUGUCAUACACGAACAUCCCAAUGUUUUCUGACUACAGUUUGUACAUGAACGCCAAAAAGGGACAGGUUGACAUUGAUUCGAUGACUCCCUCGGCAAUGCCAUCCACGGUAUCCAUGGCCGAUGACUUCAACUUCAAAAACACUAACCCGAACACACUCAGUUCAGAAACAGCUUUGUCGGAAGAUAGCUCGCCUGUCGAACUUAACUUCAAUAGUAAGAUUGACAGAAAUAGGCUCGCUGAAUUCAGCGCGGAUAAAUCUGCCAGCACACUCAGCAGCAAAAUUCAGUCCCGAAUCCGGGAAGGUCGAGAAAACGCCCAGUGA